AAAAUGCUGCGUGCAGACCCAGCAUCGCCAGCUCGUUGGAGAAGUAUGGGUCGUACCUCACACCUCUCAGGAGACAUUCUACUCUUGUUGCUGGCCUUAGCUGUCCUUGUGGUCCUGGUUCAGACUUCCCCAGAUGGAUGGAUCAGAAGAUGUUUUUAUGGAAAUGGCAGAUGCAGGAAGUCAUGCAAAGAACAGGAGAAAAAGAAAGAAAAAUGUGGGGAAAAAUUGCUGUGCUGUGUCCAUGAACAACGGAGGUUUAGAUUAUCACGCUUUCCUGCGAAAAAAGAAAACCCAAAGGGAAGAGUAUGUUUAAAUCCCAAGAGCUGAUGGCCAUCUGCAAGUCGAGGAGAGACGCCUCAAAAGAAAUCAACCCUAUUGACCUUGACCUCUAACUUGCAG